AUGUCCUCUCAUAUCGCACGUCUGCGCCAAUAUUUUAUUUCACAAGAAGUUUUCGCCACACUCCAGCCGCUCUUCCUGUUCACCUACAUUUAUGGCCUGACACCGUUUCGCAUUGUGAAGCGGCGCAAUGGCACCAGCGAGAUACGCGCAUCCUGCUUUGGCUUUUGCAACACAGUUGCCUAUGUGACACUUUACGGUGUUUGUUUUCUCAACUCGCUGCUGAAUGCCGAAUCCGUAGUUGGCUACUUCUUUCGCACGAACAUCUCCGUCGUGGGUGAUACGUUGCAGAUUUGCACGGGCAUUGUCACCGGCAUUGUCAUCUACACGACGGCGCUAACGCAACGCAGCAAGAUGCGGCGCAUCAUUGACGUGUUCAACGAAUUGGAUGAACAUUUUGCCAGUAUUGGAGUGCGUGUGAAGUAUUCGCGCAUUUAUCGUUACGCCCUGCUACUGAGUGUCACAAAAACGCUAAUAAUCGGCAUCUACUGUGCGGGUGUUUAUUUGCUGCUGCGCUCGGUGCACGUCAAGCCAUCGUUCUGUGUAUGCGUCGCGUUUGUUUUGCAGCAUUCGGUGCUGGUCUUGGCAAUUUGCCUCUUCAGCUUCAUGGCACGCGGAUUUGAGCGACGGCUGGUCAUAGUCAAUAAGGUAGGAGGGGAAUUGUGGGUGUGA